AUGGAGUUGAAGAGUGUCAUGGAACUACAAAAACGAGCUUCAAUCCUAAUCUUGAGUAACAACAAGCUCGCUCUCUUCCUCUUUCUAUGCUCUCUCCCACUGUUUUGUUUCUUGAUCUUUUUCGAACUCUCCCUUCAAACCACCAUCUCCCUCGCUUACCAGUUCCCUUACCAUAACCUCAAUUUUGGCGGUUACCUCAGAAUACCAGAUUAUAACAAUUAUCCGGAGAAUGAUCUGAUUCCAUGGCUGAUUCAGACAUCUCUACUAUACUUUUUCCCUUACACCCUUUUUGAUCUCUUUACUACCACCAUGAUCGUUGCAGCAUCUUCCAUUGUUUACUCGUCCGAAGGAAAACCCUUGGACAUGCUUUAUUUGGUCCAGAGAUCUGCCAGGAUAUGUAAGAUCAGAUUAGUAGGUUGUCUGAUCACAUCUCUCUGUGUCCUCCUCUUGUCAACACCAGUUUUCUUCGGUUUCUUCUUUGACUCAGUCAACUACUUUUACAUUGCCACUUUGAUAAGCUUCCAGUACUACCAAGCAGAACUCCUGUUCUACGUGGUGGUGACUCUGAUUCACGGUAGUAUCUUCCUAGUUCUGACUGCAAAGUUCAUCAAGUGGAGCGCGGGGUGGAACAUAGGUUUUGUUGUUUCAGUCUUAGAAGAAGAAGAAGAUGGUAAAGGCAUCUAUGGAACCAAUGCUCUGUAUCUUUCAUAUUGGUAUGGAAGAGGACAUGAGAAACGUGACCUCUGGAUGAUGUUGAUGUUUUGGGUCUUUGCUAUUGUGAUGAGGAUGCCAUGUUUAUACUACAAAUGCAGUGAGAGUUCGAAUGGAUAUGGAGCUUUGUUCACUGGUCUCUAUGUGGCUUUGAUUUGUGUUGGGAAUGUGGUCAAAUGGGUGGCUUGCGUUGUAAGUUACCAUGCUUGUAGAACAAGGGUUUCGGAGAAGAAGGAUGAUGAGGAUCAAAAGCUAAGGCUAUUAUUACAUACGAGAUGA